AUGGUGGUUGUAGCAAUUGACAAAGACAAAGGGAGCCAAGCAGCAUUGAAAUGGGCAGUUGAUAAUCUGCUGGGGAAAGGCAAAAGUGUGACCCUCCUUCAUGUCAAGCUCAAGACUUCUUCUUCUCCUGCACCAUGCAGCGUAACCAAAGGGGCGCCCGAUUUUUGCACAGUCUACGUCAUUUCCAAAGGUAAAGUGGCAUCCGUUAAAGAAGCUUCUCGGGCGCAGAAUAAUGCAAGCAAUCAUCCCCCCACAGCCGAUGCACGUUCCGGGCAACCCUAUGGAAUGCGGGGUACUGCUAUGCAACCGUUUGCUGCCAAAACCAUCCCAACAGAAGAAAUGGACACAAUCAAGUCGCCUUUCACAAGAGGAAAAGCUGCAAACCGAUCAUAUGGGGAACUCCAGAUGCCUGACACAGACAUAUCAUUUGUGAGCCCAAUGAGGCCAAGCAUGAACUUGUUAUUCGAACAGGAUAUGAUGAUAGCCCCACGUAUUUCAAGCAGCUCCGACACGGAUAACAGGCCCAGUUUCGGAUCCUCAUUCUCCAAUGCCAGGUCAUCAGAUGCAAACAACAGCUUUGGGGUCUACUCGUCCAGCUCGCAGGAAAGUGGAAACUAUUCCUGGUCUGGAUCACAGAACCUGGAAGACGUGGAGGCAGAGAUGAGAAGGCUGAAGCAAGAGCUGAAACAAACAAUGGACAUGUACAGCACAGCCUGCAAAGAAGCACUCACAGCAAAACAGAAAGCACUCGAGCUACACCGCUGGAAAGUAGAAGAGCAACAGAGGCUCGAGGAGGCACAUAUGGCGGAGGAGGCGGCAUUAGCAAUUGCCAAGAAGGAAAAGGAAAAAUGCAGGGUGGCUAUCGAAAAAGCCGAAGAAGCUCAAAGGUUAGCUGAGCUCGAAUCCCAGAAGAGAAUCAGUGCUGAGAUGAAAGCUGUUAAAGAAGCAGAGGAGAAAAGGAAGGUGCUGGACAGGCUGGCGCAAAACGACGUGAGAUACCGCAAGUACUCCAUAGAAGAGAUCGAAACUGCCACGGAGUACUUUGCCGAGAAUCGUAAAAUUGGGGAAGGCGGAUAUGGGCCGGUCUACAAAUGCCAGCUGGAUCACACACAAGUAGCGAUCAAGGUUCUUCGACCAGAUGCUGCCCAAGGGAGAUCACAGUUUCAACAAGAGGUGGAGGUCCUGAGCUGCAUCCGGCACCCGAACAUGGUCCUCCUUCUGGGGGCGUGCCCCGAGUAUGGGUGCCUAGUCUACGAGUACAUGGCCAACGGCAGCCUUGAGGACCGCCUGUUCAGGCGCGGCAACACCCCGGCCCUCUCCUGGCAGGCCCGGUUCCGCAUUGCAGCCGAGAUCGGGACGGGACUACUCUUCCUCCACCAGACAAAGCCCGAGCCCCUCGUCCACCGCGACCUCAAGCCUGCCAACAUCCUCCUCGACCGCAACCUCGUCAGCAAGAUUAGUGAUGUUGGCCUCGCCCGCCUUGUUCCCCCCUCUGUGGCCGACACCGUCACCCAGUACCGCAUGACCUCCACAGCUGGUACCUUCUGUUACAUCGACCCCGAGUACCAGCAGACGGGCAUGCUCGGGAUUAAAUCCGACAUCUACUCCUUAGGGGUCAUGCUGCUACAGAUCAUCACCGCCAAGUCCCCCAUGGGUCUCACCCACCACGUCGAAAGGUCCAUCGAGAAAGGGACCUUUAAGCAGAUGCUGGACACUCAGGUGCAAGACUGGCCAGUUGAGGAGGCUCUGGUUUUUGCCAGGCUGGCGCUCAAGUGCACGGAACUCAGGCGCAAGGACAGGCCCGAUCUCGGGACCGUCGUGCUUCCGGAGCUCAACAGGCUGCGGGCGCUCGCCGAGGACUGUAUGCCUGACUUCCCAGCGAUUCUCAGCCCGAGGAAGUCGUCACUCAAUGGAAACGCCACUGAGUCCAAGAAGCUAUACUCUGAUGUCGAUGGCGCAAAGGGCCCGUCGAUAGAUAGUUAUGCAAGGGAAAAGAAUGUGGAGACGAAAACCUCGUGA